CGUUUGUUUACAUCCAGACGACAGUAGACGCGUGAACUCGGAAGCCGCGUUAGUGUCAUUUAUUAGGUCAAAAUGAGGACUUUACCUGAUGAUGAAACGGCUCUGGUGUUCACUAAGCUGUCAAAAUACAUUGGUUCCAACAUCAAAUCCCUACUUGAUCGUUCAGAUGGCCUCUACUGUUUCCGUUUACACAAAGGCCGUGUGUAUUACGUCAAAGAGGACAUCAUGAAGGUGGCUGCCCUCCUGCCUCGAGAAAAUCUUGUUUCCAUGGGGGUGUGCUUUGGCAAGAUAACCAAAGGAAAAAAAUUUCUUUUGAACAUCACAGCUUUGGAAUUCCUUAGUCCAUACUGCCAGCACAAAGUUUGGGUGAAAGAAGCCUCAGAACAGAACUUCAUGUAUGGCAACCACAUCUAUAAAUCAGGCCUUUUCCGUAUAUCAGACAACACACCCAAAUAUGCUGGUGUUGUUGUUUAUACUCAUAAUGAUAUCCCUAUGGGAUUUGGUGUUGCAGCAAAAUCAACGUCAGAAUGUAGACAUGCCAACCCAAUGGAUAUUAUAUGUUUCCACCAAGCUGAUAUUGGUGAAUAUAUUAGAAAUGAAGACACUUUAGUGUGAAAAUGUGUAUUAAAUGCUACUCUGACUAAUAUAGGGAAAGCUAAAUAUAUUAUUACUUGUUUUUUUAGUAAAAUCUGUUAUACCACUU